AUGGCAAAAGAAGCGACUGUAGAAAUGUUGAUUCAUUUAAUUAACGAAGAUCCUCUUGCCCAUUUACAGACUUAUGAUCUGUAUAGAUUAGAGAAAGGACCACCGCAAAAGGUAACCUUGCACGAUGAAGAUGCAACUUUUGCUUUGAAAACAAUGAAUUAUAUACGAAGAAUGGAAGCUAAAGCUGCUGAAAUGUACAGAUCACGAUUGAUCAAUGGAUUUUGUCAUUUGUACGCAGGUCAAGAAGCUGUAGCAGUUGGCUGCAAAAUGGCUUUAAAAGAAAACGAUAUUCUGAUAACGGGUUAUCGCUGUCAUGGUUUCGCAGUGGUUUUUGGUGCAUCUGCUCGUACAGUUCUCGCUGAAUUAAUGGGGCGUAAAACUGGUACUGCUAAAGGCAAAGGUGGAUCGAUGCAUAUGUAUGCACCUAAAUUUUAUGGGGGUGAAGGGAUCGUCGGUGGACAGAUACCGAUAGGUACAGGCCUCGCAUUUGCCCAUAAAUACAACGGCAUCGACGGAGUAUCCAUUUCGUUAUACGGUGAUGGUGCAGCCUGUCAAGGUCAAAUAUUUGAGGCAUGGAACAUAUCAAAAUUAUGGAAUCUUCCUGCUGUCUAUAUCUGUGAAAAUAAUCAAUAUGCAAUGGGUACAUCGAUCCAUCGUCAUUCAGCUAAUACAAAGUUCUAUACUCGUGGUGACUUAAUACCUGGUAUAAAAGUCGAUGGAAUGAAAGUUAUUGACGUUCGAGAAGCUAUAAUAUUUGCGAGAGAUUAUGCAAUUCGUAAUGGUCCAAUUAUCUUAGAAGUAGAUACUUAUCGUUAUUAUGGACAUAGCAUGAGCGAUUCUGGUGUUGGAUAUCGUUCCAGAGAUGAAAUUAAAUCCGUACAAAUCGAACAAGAUCCUAUCUUGCUUUUCAACAAACUUCUCGUUGAUAACGGACUUAAAACCCAACAAGAAGUAGACGAAAUACGAAAAACAAUUUAUAAGGAAGUGGACGCUGAGGCGGAAUUAGCAAAAACCGAUCCAUGGCCAGAAUUAACCGAAAUUGGAAACAAAGUAUAUUCUAAACCAUUGGAAAAAUUUAGAGGCAAAGCACCUUGGGAAAUUCAUUAAUGAUCAUUUUUUCAACAAAAAUAGAAAAAGUAUUAAAAAAAAUAUAUUUUUAUAUUUUA